AUGAGGAGAAAGAUCCAGUGCUGUUUGACCUUUGCCUUCCUGCUGAUGGUGGCUUUGGCUGACCACCAGGAGAGCCAUGAUGAUGGAAAACGUUCACCAGAUCUCCAUCACCAUCUCCACCAUGGCAAGAAUGAACCCCACCCCAGUCAUGAUGGAAAACAUGAUUCAUUCCACAAAAUCUCAUCUCACAAUGCUGACUUUGCCUUCACCCUGUACAAUAAACUCUCCAGCCACACUGAUGCCAAAGGCAAGAACCUCAUCUUCUCUCCACUGAGCAUCUCCAUUGCUCUAUCCAUGCUGGCUCUGGGUGCCAAGGGUGAGACCCACUCACAAAUCUUCAGCACUCUGGGCUACAGUUCCUUCACAGAGGAUCAGGUCAAUGAAGCCUAUGAGCACCUGCUGAACACACUGGACCACAACCAAGAGUCCGCACUGCUGGAGAUAGGUGGUGGUCUGGCUGUCCAAGAAGAUUUCAAACCUAUCAACCAGUUUCUGAAAGAUCUUCAGCACUUCUACAAUGGAGAGGCCUUCAGUGUGGACUUUUCCAAACCUGAAGUUGCUGUCCAAGAGGUCAACAAGUUCAUUGCCAAGAAGACCAAUGACACCAUCACUGACAUACUCAAGAGCCUGGACCAAGAUACCAUCCUGGUGCUCAUCAACUACAUUUAUUUCAGAGAUAAAUGGGAGAAGCCCUUUAAUGUAGAGCACACACGCAAAGCCGACUUCCAUGUGGAUGAGAACACCAAGGUGACUGUGGACAUGAUGCAGAGAACUGGAUACUAUGACUUCUACCAUGAUUGGGCUAACUUCACCUCUGUCAUCAAAUUGCCCUACAAAGGCAACACCUCCAUAUUGAUCGUUCUGCCUGACGAGAGAAAACUGGAGGAGGUGGAGAAACACCUCAGCAAGGAAAGCCUCAAGUACUGGCAAGACAAACUCUUCAGAAGGAGAAUCGGGUUUUCUUUACCCAAGUUUUCCAUCUCUGCCUCCUUCUCUCUUGGAAACACUCUGAAGGAGCUGGGUAUCACUGAUGCAUUUUCCAACAAUGCAGACUUCUCAGGGAUGAGUGAGAAGACCAAACUGAAGGCUUCCAAGGUUCUCCACCAGGGGGUCCUCAAGGUCGAUGAGAAAGGAAUGGACACAGCUGCUGUCACCACAAUAGAAGUUUUUCCUUCUUCUCAACCAUACACCCUGAACAUCAACAGAUCCUUCCUGGUCUUCUUUGUGGAGCACCACACUAAGAGCAUCUUCUUCAUGGGCAAGAUCACCAACCCUACUGAACAAUAA